ACAGCAGUGAUGGUUACUAAGCAGCCUGCUCAUAUUUCCAAAGGACUGAAAAUGAUCUUUUCUGUUCUUAUGGUAACAGAUGGACAACAGCAGCUGGACCAAUGUGUCUUACUUUGUUCUCUUGGGCAUCUCUACUAACCCAGUUGAGCAGAUUCCUCUCUUCCUUCUCUUUCUGCUCAUGUAUAUCAUCAACAUUUCUGGCAAUAUAUUUAUCAUCACACUUAUAAUCUCUGCCCCUCAUCUCCACACUCCAAUGUACAUCUUCCUUAGUAAUCUGGCCUUGGCAGAUAUCUGCUUCACCUCUACCACAGUUCCCAAGAUGUUACAAAACAUUUUUUCCUCUACAAAGGCCAUUUCCUAUGUGGGCUGCUUAGCCCAAACAUAUUUCUUCAUUUGCUUUGCAGCCAUGGAAAAUUUCCUCCUGGCUGUGAUGGCCUAUGACAGGUACAUUGCUAUCUGUCACCCUCUCCGUUACACCUCAAUACUGACUGGAAUGCUGUGUGCACAAAUGGUGGCUCUAUGCCAUGUCCUCUCCCACCUUCAUGCCCUGCUGCACACCUUCCUCAUGGGCAAACUGAUCUUUUGUGCAGAAAACAGGAUACCCCAUUUCUUCUGUGACCUCUAUCCUCUGAUGAAAAUCUCCUGUACCAGCACCCAACUCAACACCUUGAUGAUUCAUACAGAAGGAGUGGUAGUUAUCAAUGGAGCUCUGGUCUUCAUCAUUGCCUCCUAUGCCUUCAUCAUCUCAGCAGUCCUCCAGAUCCCCUCUGCCAAUGGGAAAUGGAGAUCAUUUUCUACCUGUGGUUCCCAUCUCACUGUGGUGGCCAUAUUCUACGGCACUCUUACAUGGGUCUAUUUCAGGCCCCUUUCUAGCUACUCAGUGGUCAAGGGCCGCAUUGUGACAGUCAUGUACACAGUGGUGACUCCUAUGUUGAACCCCUUUAUCUACAGCCUGAGGAAUGGAGAUGUGAGAGAAGCCUUCAGGAAAUGGAUGAAAAGACUAUAAUAUAACGCUUUUGUAAAGUUCGAACCUUAAACAACAUUCCACAUCUUAACUAUAACACUAAGAAAAU